UCUCACAUAAAAAGGUGUUUGUGGCGCAGGAGCUGAGAACUAUUUGAAAUCGGUUUAGGGCCCACAUGUUGCCGCACAUCGGGACCAUGCAGAGCUCCGGGUUGCUGAGCGGAGCGCUCCUCUGCGCGCUGCUGCUGCUCUCAGCCGGCGCCGCCGGAGCGCAGGGGCUGCUGGACGCGGAGUCCGAGGAGGAGCUGAGCCCCAGAGCGCUGCGGGACUUCUACCCGAAAGGACCAAACCUGACCAGCGAGAAGCAGCUGCUCGGAGCUCUCCAAGAAGUUCUUGAAAAGCUGCAGGCUAAACGUCUUCCGUCGUGGGAAAAGAAAUUCGGUCAAGUCCCAACGUGUGAUGUUGGAGAGCAGUGCGCGGUGAGGAAAGGCGCACGAAUCGGGAAGAUGUGCGACUGUCCCCGGGGAGCUUUCUGCAACUUCUUCCUGCUGAAGUGCUUAUGAGCCUCUCCGGAUCUGAAUGUAGCUUUUGAGAAGAGAGGAGGAAAAACGAGGGGGUGAAAUCUCUCACCGCAUCCCUUUGUAAUUAGGCUCAGAUUUAUUUAUUUUUAAUUGCACGGCUCAGGCGCGGCUGGAGAGACUGUCCACCACAAAGAACCGUAGGGAUUUUGUUUCAAGGGGUAAAACAUUCCACGUUAUUUUACAGAAAACGUCUCUCUGAGGAUCUCACGAGGAUGAGAAUAUUAUAAAGAUUUUCUGUAAAUACUCAGAUCCACUUCAGCCUCAAUAAACUCACCUGAGGGACCAUAGACGCACUGUAAUGUCCAACCAGCAAUAUUAUGGAAACCCAUAUAACCUCCAUCUGCUGUGUCAUGAAUCUGUUUCGUUUCAGCUGAAUGUCUUGUGCGUGUCUCAUGAUAAUAAACAGUGAAUCCUGUUGUUUUGUAAA